AGCAUGGCUUUGUUUUCAUGGGGCGUGGUUUUAAGAACACUGUUUACUUCCUGAUCGCGUCUAUCAAAAAAUGGCCUCUCUUGACAGGGUAAAAGUGUUGGUUUUGGGAGAUUCCGGGGUUGGCAAGUCUUCCUUGGUCCAUCUGCUAUGUCAGAACCAAGUUUUGGGAAAUCCAUCGUGGACUGUUGGCUGCUCUGUAGAUGUGCGGGUUCAAGACUAUAAGGAGGGGACCCCAGAGGAGAAAACCUUCUACAUUGAACUCUGGGAUGUUGGAGGAUCCGUUGGCAACGCCAGCAGCGUCAAAAGCACGAGAGCAGUCUUCUACAACUCGGUUAACGGAAUUAUAUUGGUCCACGAUCUGACCAAUAAGAAGUCCUCUCAGAAUCUGUACCGAUGGUCACUGGAAGCUUUGAAUAAGGAUUCCUCUCCAACUGGAGUCAUCGUUUCAAACGGCGACUAUGACAGAGAGCAGUUUGCAGAGAAUCCGGUGCCUUUGCUGUUGAUCGGGACCAAGUUUGACCAAAUUCCAGAAAACAAGCGCAGUGAAGUCCUCACUCGGACGGCUUUCUUGUCCGAAGACUUCAAUGCAGAAGAAAUCAAUCUUGACUGCACCAACCCCAGAUACCUGGCUGCAGGCACCUCAAACGCUGUGAAACUCAGCAGGUUCUUUGACAAGGUAAUAGAGAAAAGAUAUUUCACCAGAGAUCCCAGUCAGAUGACUGGCUUCACAGACAGAAAACGGUUCAACUUCAAAAGUUUGCACUAUGACUGAGACCUGUGAUCA